GCUCAGGGUCUGAACGCCGUCAGUGUGAGCUGCUGUCGCCGCCUGGCUAGUCCUGCGCCGUGCCGGGCGCCGGCAGUGGGGCGGCAGAGCAAACAUGAAUGUUGGAGUUGCCCACAGCGAGGUGAAUCCAAAUACCCGUGUAAUGAACAGCCGGGGUAUGUGGCUGACAUAUGCAUUGGGAGUUGGCUUGCUUCAUAUCGUCUUACUCAGCAUUCCCUUCUUCAGUGUUCCUGUUGCUUGGACAUUAACAAAUAUUAUACACAAUCUGGGGAUGUACGUAUUUAUGCAUGCAGUGAAAGGAACACCUUUUGAAACUCCUGACCAGGGUAAAGCAAGGCUCCUAACUCACUGGGAACAACUGGAUUAUGGAGUACAGUUUACAUCUUCUCGGAAGUUUUUCACAAUUUCUCCAAUAAUUCUAUAUUUUCUGGCAAGUUUCUAUACGAAGUAUGAUCCAACUCACUUCAUCCUAAACACAACUUCUCUCCUGAGUGUGCUAAUUCCUAAAAUGCCACAACUGCAUGGUGUUCGGAUCUUUGGAAUUAAUAAGUAUUGAAUGUUUUGAAAGUGAACAAAAAUUUUUACAGCUACUAAGUUUCCUAUAAGGAAGAAAGGAGUGGUUAGUAAACUGCACUGUUUCUGUAAUAAUGUGAAAAGAGAGGUAUUUACAUUGGAGGGCCAAUUGCUGGUUCUUCAUAUGUGCUUUUGAAGUGCAGAUUUCUACUAAAAGAUGCUUCUGUUUAAUGCAUCUGGUAUAUUUCUGAAGAGAGGCUUUAUAGGCAGUCUGGGAAGGCCCAGCUUAUAAGUUAAAUGGCAACACAGUGAGGGUGUAGUAGAUAAAUUCAAGAAAAUAACAGAUGUGUGAGAAACUUGGACCAGCUUUACUUAUAAUGAAUGGGCAUUAUGUUAGGAAAAGAAAAUUUCCAAUCAUUCAGUCAUGGGCAGUUUAAGCACACUUAAAGGUAAACCAGAAUUUCUCUUUACAAGUUUAUUAUAGAUUGUUUUUAUUACCAUACAUAUUCCUCUUGUUUUAAAUAAGAGAAUAUACGCCCUUUUGUUUUUUACAAGCCAAUUCCUACUUAUGAGUGUUCUUUUUUGGUUUUGCUGGCUCAAUAUUGUGUGUUGAUAGAUGAUGUUAUUUUUACAUUUAUUACAUUACAGAGGUCAUGAAGGUACAUGACUCAUUGGAGUUAGAAGAUAGCCAGGUACCUUACAAGCAGUCUCUAAGUCACCAUUUUAAUUUUGGAACAAAGUGGGUUAAAACUGCUUUCCCAGACACAAGGCUGCUAAACCAAUUAAGAAAAUAAUUUAUUUCAAGCAGCUAAAGUAUAUGGUAAUUUAAAGGUGUCUGCUUAUUUGGUUGGGCAGUUUAAUCAGUUAAAUGUCAUUCUUUGGAAAAGGAAAUAUAAAAUGGACAACUUUAUAGCCAACCUGUGGUCUGGCAGAAACUGCUUUCUAGCAAUAGUUCCAUAGUAAGUAACUGAGUUUUUUUUAGCAGGUCUGCAGUAAAAGACAACAUAGUCUUUUCUUAAUCCUGCUUUCACCCCCAUAUUUUUCCCACUUAUAUUUUGCCCCCCAUUUAUUGGGGGGGGGUGGCGGUUGGCGGUACAGGGAUCUGAACCUUUGACCUUGGGUGUUAUAACACUGCGCUCUAACCAACUGAGCUAACCAGCCAGCCCUAUUUGCCUUUAGAUACGUGAGUCUUAGUGUAGAUAAACCAAAAUGGUAACUAUUUUCAGAGAGCAAUCCUAUUGAGUUCUUGUGACUUAGGGAAGCUUCCUAUAGUUGCUAACAUUAAUUGCAAGAAAUAACUAUAUACUACUUUGAGAAGUAAACAUCUCAAAAAAAACCGCACAAAGUUCUGAUAUGGGAUGAAACUGAAAAAUUCAGGAACAUUUAUAAACAAAAUUGAGUAAAAAGACUUAUAGACCAAAAUAAAAAUCAAUUUGUGUCAAUAAGCUGACUUCUGGAGGUAAUGAUCAUUGUUUUGUAUUUCAAAAGUAUUGAGUUUAGAAAUCAGUUGUAUGAUACUGCCUUUGUAUGUCUGUCUUUUCCCAUGUCUUUUUAAAU